GGUUUUAGUUUGCACAUCAGUUUUUGUCUUGUGGGGAAGUGAAAUAUAGUAGAGUUACAUACGUUGAAGAAGAAAGAUCUACCUGAUCUAUCGAGGCAUCGAGGUUAAAGUAGGUAGGUCCGAAAAGCAUGGACUGGAAUGGCAACUUCACCAUACCUUUUGUUCCUCGUCAACCGCCGACGUCCCAGGAUGUUUCUUUCAAUUUCCUCUGCGGUUACAAUUAUGAUCACUAUCCAGGCAGCAUAGAAAUGAAGAACGCAAUGCAAAGCCAUAACGCACUGUUUCCGCCAUUAGAGAAGCACGUCGGCUUUGGGAACCCGAUGGACAAGAAGAAGAGGUUGACGAACGAUCAGUUAGAGUCGUUAGAGAACAAUUUUCAAGAUGAAAUAAAACUAGACCCCGAUAGGAAACAACGGUUGGCCAAGGAGCUAGGGCUGCAACCUAGGCAAAUCGCUGUUUGGUUCCAGAACAGACGGGCUAGGUGGAAGACUAAGCAGCUGGAACGUCUCUAUGAUUCUCUCAAACACGACUUUGAAGCUGUCACAAGAGAGAAACAGAAGCUCCAAGAAGAGGUGUUGACACUAAGAUCAAUACUCAAAGAUCAAGCCACAAAGAAGCAAGUCUCCACAGGCUACACAGAAAUGUCAGGGGAGGAGACUGUUGAGAGCACAUCGAUUCCCAGUUCAAACUGCAGGGCUCUACAGCCAAAUACCCAUCAGAUGGCUGACUGCAACUUCGCCUUCAAUGUUGAGGAAUGCAAUCCGUUGAUGCAAUCGUACUGGGAAACUCUUCCAUAUCAGUGAAUUAAUUAGAUGUUUAGAGCUUAGCUAAGUUGAUAUUAUGAAGCCCUAACUUAGAUUAUAAGAUGAGAAUAGGUUAAUUAGGUUAUGGUAUUAGUGGAGUUAGGUUACUGCAGGCUAGAUGCUAUAAUCUUAUCAUGAUGGAACCAAUCUGUAUCUGAUAUUGCUGUUACUAUGGACUACUCAUGUUUUUAUAUAAUUGAUAGCGUA